UUGGUGAUGGGACGUGACUUCCACGCUAUGUCACUGCACUACGCAAUGUUUAUUCCGACUCUUCAAGGACAGACAGAUGACGAUCAGCUGGACUACUGGUUGCCACUGGCUGUAACCAGAGGCAUUGUUGGUACAUAUGCUCAAACUGAACUCGGACACGCAAUGGAUUAUGCCUAA